AUGUCUACUGAUAACAGAUACUAUGAUGUCAUUAUCAUUGGUUGUGGUGCAGCUGGGAUAGCUGCCGGUAUUGAGUUACAAGAGCAAUCAUCUGAAACAAAAUUUCUUAUUUUGGAAGCACGUCAUCGAAUCGGUGGCCGUGCAUGGACAAUAGACAGUGAUAUAUUUGGUUUUCCAAUUGAUUUGGGUGCAAGUUGGAUUCAUCAUUAUUCACCGACAAAUCCAUUCUAUAGAUAUCAUCAACAAUUAAAAAUAGAUGAAGAAGAAAUUAUCGAUUUUGAAGAUCAUUCUUGUUGUUCAUUAUUCAUUGAUUAUGAUGGAGAAAAGAUACCGUCAAAUGUCAGUUAUCAAGCAAAUCGUAUAGGUGAAAAUUUAAUUGAAUUACUGAAUGAUUAUAAAGAAGUAGAGAUAAAUCAAGAUAAAUCAGUUGAAGAAGUGAUAAAAGAAAAGUACGACCAAAUUAAAGAUGAACAAAUAAAACGUUAUGUAGAUUUUUUUUUAAGUAAGUUAGAAUAUUAUGAAGCGUCAAAUAUAAGUAAAUUAUCAGCAAAAUAUUGGAAUUCUGAAAAUGAUACCAUUCAAUGUAAUAUCGCAUUGAAAUCAGGGUAUGGUAAUUUCUUAACGCAAAUAGCUACACAAUUGCAUCAGUUACCAAUUCAACUUGAUACAAUUGUUAAUUCUAUUGAUACGAAUGAUCCUAUUUACAUCUACAUUCACACUUCUAAUAGUAUAGUGUAUAAGUGUAAAUAUGUUCUAAUUACCGUUCCGUUAGGUUGUUUAAAAAUACACACAAUUGAAUUCAAACCUCAAUUACCUGAAUGGAAAAUGCAAGCAAUCAUCUCAAUGGGUUAUGGUUUAAUGAAUAAAAUUGUUUUACAAUUUUCAUCAAAUUUCUGGGGAAACAAUAUUACUCAAAUUCAUCAUGCUAGUCGAGAUACACGUGGAAUUUUUCGUUAUAUUAUUUCGACACCGAAAUCAAAUAUUUUAAUUUUAUUCGUGGUCGAUCAUUUUGCACAUGAAUUAGAAGAAUUAACGGAUCAGGAGAUAAUUGAGCAUGUAAUGACAUUUUUAAGGAAAAUAUUUCCACAUGUUACAAUAGAACAACCAUUAAAAUUUCAAAUAUCAAGAUGGUCAAAUGAUAAAUUCUCAUGUGGUUCUUUUUCAAAUUUUCCGGUGAAUGCAAAUCAACAGACAGUUAAAGAUUUAGCAAGAGAAUGUUCUGAGGGAAGGUUGCACUGGGCUGGUGAACAUACAAACUAUGGAAAUUCAAUUGGAUGUGUCGAUAGUGCAUUUGAAAGUGGCCAACGUGAAGCAAAAAAAUUAUUAAAAAAAUUAAAUAUAAAAUAG